ACUUGGAGAGCAAGUUGUAAAUAAGGUCAAUAAUUUAGAGACUCACAUAAGCCAUUUCAGUGAAAGUGUGAAUGAGCAACUUUGUGGGCAUGAAUGCAGACUAACCAAAGUAGAACAGUGUGUUUCUAACCAUAGUGGUAGUAUAAUUUCCAGUGGAAUAAUUGAAUCUACCGAGGUUGCGUAUGUUACCCACAGACAGUUUUUAAAAUUUGACCCAAGUAAGAACAUGCACCCCAGAGAAUUUUGGAACGAUUUUGAAGACGUUUUGCCGAAAGUAUGGAGCGAUAAACAAAAGAUAGGCUUUAUCACUUCAAAUUUGAUGGGAGAGGCCAGAGUAUGGGGGAAUUUAGCCUCUGAAAAAUACGCGAAAUUGUCAGAAUUUAAAUUAGCGUUCUUUGAGGAAUACUGGGGAAAGAGAAAGCAGAUGGAUGUUCUUAAUCGGUUCUGGUCGGGAGAGAAGUAUGACCCCAAGAGAGAGGGCAUCAAACGAUUUGUUCAAAGGUGGGUAACAACUCUGUCCUACCUUAGUAAUAAGUUAGAAACAGAACAGAUCAUAUUAGGGGUAGAAAAUAAGCUACCGUGGAACUGGAAAACUAAGAUCAUAUCUGCGCCCCGAGAUAACAUUGACAAGUUCGUACAGUAUUUAGAAAGGGUUGAAUCCGUCCAAAAAGAAGAAGAAAACAUGAGGAGGGAGCAUCGCCCGCCUGCUAGGCAGAAUGACAAUCGCGCGGAUGUAAACAUUAAUAGGAUGGGUGUUCAGAGAGGCGGCGGAUACCGUGGCAGUUCACGUGGUAGAGGAAGAACAUAUGUUAACAGGUUCAAUGAACGCGAGCAGUAUGACAGCGGCCGACAGAUGUCAGGAGGUGAGGCGGUCAGCUGGAGGCAUAGUGAUGACGCACCGCGCUCGGAAAACCAUUAAUUGUCUACGAGUGUGCUGGCGAUCGUAGGCAACAGCGUUUAAAGUUAAAUCCGCUGGCAAAACCAUUCAUAAGAAAGCAGCCUGAACGACCACCUAACAUAAAUGUUGUUGCUACAAAAUUUAGGGAGGAUAACGUAAAACAGACAGAGAUAGUAGCUUUAAGUCAAGUGGAGGUUAAUGAACCAAUUAACUGUAAGAAUAAUCAUAAGAAGCCACUUAUUGAAGAACUAAGUACUAGUUAUAAGGGUAAUAAUCAGAAAGACAUUAUGCACAGUAAAACUAAUGAAGAGCUGUCGGAUAGGGGUGAGAACAGUAAUAAUGGCAGGGUUGUGACUGUGCUUGAUAAGAUAAUUGAUGUUGUAGAUAGUUACGAAGAAGAGGAUAGAUUAGAGGAGGAGGUAGAGGUUAAUGACGACGCCUUGGAUAGGGUCGUAGAAAAGGAGGUUAAUGAGAAAGAGGGGGAAACAUUGGAAAAAUGUUUUGACUUAGCAAUAGUGGAUAGGCUAAUAGGAGCUGCCACUAGAAUUGAGGGUGAUAAUAAGCAUGAAAUAAACCCUGUAAGUGUGAAUGUGAUUGCCACCCAAAAGACAGGCUUCGAAAGGAGAGAAAUUGUGCAAGAUUUAUUGGAGGAAGCAGAACCCAAAAUAAAUAAAGAGUACUUAGGGCAACCGAUAGUAGAGCUAAGAGUAUUAAAUGAACCAGUUAAAUGUUUGAUAGAUACUGGAUCGGAAGUCUGUGCAGUAUCCCAGAACUUGGUAAAUGAACUCCCUAACAGUAAACAGAUUGUUAAGAUGCCAGUAAGUGGCUUGAACAUUGUAGUAGCAACCGGUAAGACUAAGAAGACAGUAAAACAGGAAGUGUUUCUACCCAUAGCAUUUAAGGAAGUAGAAAUAAGACAGAACUUCUUAGUUAUAAAUGGACUGAGUGUAGACAUAUUGGUGGGGGCUGACUUUUUGAAUAAAUAUGAAGGAUGGGUGAAUUUUUCUACCAAUGAUGUUAUGGUAAAAAUUAAGGGUAAACUAAUUACUAUACCUUUCAUCGGUAAGCAGCUAUGUGAGGAUCCUGAGCAGAAUGAUUUUCCUAUAUGUAUUUGUAAAACAGAGAAAUUCUUGGAGGGCUAUAAUGAGUACGGUGGCAAAAAAGUAGAGGAUCCGUCUGAGCUUGUGAGUGUCAGAAAUAGGAUCGAGGAGAAAUUACUAGAAUUAAUUGAUAUUGAUGAAGCAAGGAAAAACGAUUUAAGACAAAUACUAGUCAAACAUGCCGAGGUUUUCUCAGAUCAACCAGGGCUAGUAAAGGAUUAUGAGUGUUUUUUGACAGUGCAGAAAGACGCUCAUUUCUUCAAAAAACCAUUUGCAAUCCCAGAAGUACAUAAGGUGUUAGGGCUUAGGAACAUUGUGGAUUUGAAAAGAUAUGUUCAAAAGAGAGACGUGGCCAGGAGUGAGUAGAUACCUCAGAGAGCUUUGCACUCUUUGCAGAGCUAAGUGCGUGACGAGCACUAGGUCUCGAGUCGUUUGACAAUAUUUCUUCCACUUUCUUUUCCGUAUUGUCAACCUACCUCUUCUUUCAUUCAGAACUAAAAUUCUAUCGUCUUUCCUUCUUCUCUAUCGUAGUUUUUAAGUGAUAAAGUGUUUAAGUAAUGAGUAGGAAAGAACCUCAGUGCAGUAUAGGUUAAGCGUAAGGAAUGAGUGUAAGAGAAAAUCAAAAAGGAUUAAGAUACCUCAGAUAAGUAAUAAGUCUCAGUAAAGUAAAUGUUUGGCCUAAGGUGUGAGUAAUGCCCUUAGAAAGGUAAAAUAACUAAGAAAUGUAAGAGCCUCAGAAAAUAUGGUGACGAACAUUGAAGCUGUUUGUUAAGUAACAGAACGAUAUGUUAAGACGUAGCAUUAAGCUAAUGUUUAGGAAAGGAAAUGGAGCAGUACAGCAAAACUGUCUGUUCAAUGAAGUCAGAGCCUCAGGAGGUGAUUUAGUGGUAAAAUGAGUAAAGGUACAGUGCAACAAGGUUGACUGUCAAAGGGGUAAAGGAAGUUAAGUUAAAGGGACAGUGCAGCAGGACUGACUGUCAAAUGAAGAGAAAUAUGUGAGAAAA